GUUUUAACCAAUAUCACAUGAAUCAGUCAAACGUGAUGGAAGUCUAUGUAGGAGCUCGGCCAUUUCUCCAAGGUGAGGAUUUAAAAUAAUUUCAGGAUUAAAUUUAAUAUUGCUAGCACUGGGUUGAAGACAGACAGAGCACUGGCUUGUAGACAGACAGAGCACUGGGUUGAAGACAGACAGAGCACUGGGUUGAAGACAGGCAGAGCACUGGGUUGAAGACAGACAGAGCACUGGGUUGAAGACAGGCAGAGCACUGGGUUGAAGACAGAGCACAGGAUUGAAGACAGACAGAGCACUGGGUUUUAGACAAACAGAGCACUGGGUUGUAGACAGACAGAGCACUGGGUUGUAGACAGACAGAGCACUGGGUUGUGGAGAGACAGAGCACUGGGUUGUGGAAAGACAGAGCACUGGGUUGUGGAAAGACAGAGCACUGCAUUGUGGAGAGACAGAGAACUGGGUUGUGGACAGACAGAGCACUGGGUUGGGGACAGACAGAGCACUGGGUUGUGGACAGACAGAGCACUGGGUUGGGGACAGAGUACUGGGUUGUGGACAGAGUGAGCAUGGGUUGUGGACUGACAGAGCGCUGGGUUGUGGACUGACAGAGCACUGGGUUGUGGACAGACAUAGUUUUAUUGAACCCUGUGACAACUGUGGCAUACUGUGUAUUUGUUCAUGAAUGUUAUCAAGUGUGUGACAUUUUUGUUUGGCCAACUCUCAUAGUCCAGCUCUUUUUUCACAUGGUUGUCUUUGAAGGACUUAAUUAUAGCUGAAAUGAUCCUAUUGACACAAGAUUCACAUUUCAUGCAGCUAGUCUUAUGACAUGAAAGCAUCUCUACAUGAUGUCACACUAUUUCUGAUAAACCCCCUGCCCCCCACACUUGUCACAAAAUGUAGCUACCUUCCAAAUACUAAUAUAUGAGAUAAAAUACUUGAGUCACUAAGUCAUAGGCCUCCUCCCCUGUUCCUUGUGUCAUUUAUGGAUGGCCCCUUGCUAUACAACAGGAGUCCUCAAACAUUUUAAUCAGGGGGUCCAUUCAGUGUCCCUCAGACAAUGUUGAGGGCCAUUCUAUCAUUUUAAAAUAUAAUGAAUUCCCGUGCAAGCUGCACUUACAUCUUCUAUGGAGCAACAACAAAAAUCAAUUAAAAAAGAACACAAUGUUUAAAAUGAAGAACACUUUUAAACAACAUUAAGGUAUUAGCACCUCAAUGGGAAGUAUGGGUCUGCAUUUGGCUGAAUAGAUGGUCAACAUUUGUUUCCAAAUUGUCACCGCUACCCAGGAACCCGUACCGCGGCUCAGCGGUCCAGGUUAAAGACCCCUGAAGGGCCGAUACUUGCCCAUGGGCCAUUGUUUGAGGACCCCUGUUUUAAAUAUUUGGAAACAUCAUUUUUGUAAGCUAGAUUUUAAUUUUGAUAAUUGUUUUGAGCUAUGAGAUAAAUUAAUAUCUAAUGGUCUCCAAUGCUUUCCAGGUGACCCCUCAAACCUGGUUGGUUACUUCAAAGGCUGCGUCAGAGAAAUCUCAUUCAACAACCAGUCGCUUCUGUACGUUAACAGUACCAUGGUCCAGCCUGGGGCUGUGGUCAGCACGAUGGGCAUAACAAAUGGUUGCCAG